AUAGAGGCACUUCCUUGCGCAGCUUAUGACUCGGAGGCGGAGAGGUCCGCAUCCCGCGAGCGCUGAAAACAAUAUAUCCGCACCAUAUGCCACGGGAAUGACUGAAGAUGGCUAUGUACUGUAAUAUCAUCCCGUCAAAAUCAACAUGCAGAAACUUAAGACUAAGAUCUUGGAACUUUCUCGCAUUCGUCAAGGCAGUAACAGCGAUAACGGGGCCUCCGUGUGCGAGCUAUUGCAGAACGAAGUCCACAUCUUCCCUUCCGUUGAAGAAGCCAGCGACGUAAUCAAAAACUGCUUCAAUAGCUUCGGCGACUGCAAAGUCUUGCUUAUUGGAGAUGCCACACACGGUACAUCCGAAUUUUAUAAAAUGCGUGCUGAAAUCACCAAGUUCAUGAUAGAACAACAUGGGUUCAAUAUAGUGGCCAUCGAAGCCGAUUGGGCGGAGACCGAGGCGAUAGACCGUUACGUAAGACAUCGACCUGCGUCUAAGAAUCAAGCGAGCAUUAGGUCCAGUGCACCGGGCGCGGUUGAACCACCAGACUGCAAGCACGUUUUUGCGCGGUUUCCAACGUGGAUGUGGCAAAACGAAGAAGUGAAUGAGUUCGUGGAAUGGCUUCGGAACCACAACAAGAAUAAAGACGAACAUGACUCUGAUUCUGUCGGUUUCUAUGGGCUGGACCUCUACUCGUUAGGUGCGUCAAUGCACGCUGUCAUCGAAUAUCUCGAUAAGAUGGACAAAAGCAUGGCAGGUGUUGCUAGGGAGCGGUAUGGCAAGCUCAUGGAGUGGGCCGAUAGCCCUAAGGAAUACGGGCUAGAGACACUGGUCUCGUCUUUUCAGGGAUACGAAGCAGAGGUAGUAGAUAUGCUCAAAUCUCUGUUGAGCAAGAGGCAUGAGUAUUCACAAACGGUAUGGAACGGCGAGGAGUUCCACAGCAGCGAACAAAAUGCCCGUGUUGUCAAAGAUGCGGAGCAGUACUAUAAGGCAAUAUUUUACGGCCGUCACGAAUCGUGGAACCUACGAGACAAGCACAUGUUUGAUGCUCUGGUGCAUAUCCUUGACCACCGAGGUGAGUCUUCAAAGGCCGUUUUAUGGGCACAUAAUAGCCACGUUGGGGAUGCUCGCGCAUCCAGUAAGAGCUGGUCUCGCAAGGAACUCAAUAUUGGACAAUUAUGCAAAGAAGCUUUUGGCACCCGUGCACUCACCAUUGGCUGCAGCACCUAUUGGGGCACGGUUGCAGCGGCUGAGCAAUGGGACCACGACAUGCGGGUCAUGAGGGUCGAGCCAGCGCUUCCGGGGAGCUAUGAAGAAUUAAUGCGUGCUACAGGUAUUAAGAAUUUCGUGCUUAAUCUACAGGAAGGAAGGUGUAAUAAGAAAUUACGAGAAGCACUGAGAGAAGAAAGAUUGCAAAGGUUCAUUGGCGUUAUCUAUGAACCAGCUACGGAGAGGCAGUCGCAUUAUUCAAUUUCCAUUCUCCCAGAGCAGUAUGACAGUUUUAUUUGGUUCGAGGAGACGAGACACGUACAGACCCUAGAAACCCGCCAGCCUCCAACAGGUCUAGGGCCCAUUUUAUCUUGGCCAUUCGGUUUUUAGUUCAUUCUUUUGGC